GUUUACUUAUUGGCCAUCGUAAGUUCUAAACGUCAAAAUAAAUUUUUCAGCAGUGCGCAUUAUUUUUAUUUUUGGGAGAGUGCAUUGAAAUUUCUAUCAUUUCCAUUGAACAAAUUUUUCACACGACUUUUACGAUUUACUACGAAAUCCACCGAAAGUGAAACAGCAAAAAGUAUUUUUCAAACAGUAAAAUAAGGUGCAUCUAACUAUUGGUUCAGCGGUGCAAGGGCUCAAGAUCAAAGUUCGAAUUAGGCGUAGUGAGAAGUAAAAACUCGCAUAUUAAUUCUUACAAUAUGACAGUAUCCGCUGGGGCAGCUGACUCGAACAGCAAUGUAGCCGGCAACGAAUCCUCAUCCAUUUUGUUGGGCAUCGUAGAAGAAAUUAUCUAUAGCCCCUUAAAUUUAGCACUUGUAGCAGUCAUAGUAUUUCUUUUUUACAAAAUUGUAAAGGAUCGUUAUGAAGUACCCAGGGACAGAUCCGGUGAAGGUACUUCGCAAAUACCUGAGCUUCCUAAAUUGCGACGAGAUUUUACCAUACAAGAGUUGCGUGCAUAUGAUGGAAAUGGACCGGAUGGCAGAAUACUUAUAGCAGUAAAUGGAACUGUAUAUGACGCCACAAAAGCAAAACGUUUUUACGGUCCAGGCGGACCAUAUGCGUCAUUUGCUGGCAGGGACGCAUCACGCAAUUUGGCAACCUUUAACGUCGAACCAAACAAUAAAGAAGAAUAUGAUGAUCUAAGUGACUUAAAUGCUAUGGAAAUGGAUUCUGUGCGAGAAUGGGAGAUGCAAUUCAAAGAAAAAUACGAUCUGGUGGGCAAAUUACUACGUAAAGGUGAGCAACCUACUAAUUAUGACGACGAGGAAGAAGACUCCAAUGAAGUUGUCACAGAAGUCAACGCGAAUUCCUCUGUUCCCACCACAAAUGCAAGCAACAAUGAUGACGGUGUUCGGAAGCGUGUCGCUAACUCAACCGAUGAGGAAGUUAAAUAAAUAGUAGUUAUCUUUCGAAUAUUUGUUUUGAGAUCACAAUUGAUAGAUUUACAAAAAUUUUAGUUUACAAAAAAAUAUUUAAUUAAAACUUUGAAAACCCUCUGCUGAACAUUUUUACGAUGCUUAUCAGUUGAUAAAUGAAAGAUAAAAAAAUGGCAAAUAUUUAA